CUGUUGUCCUCUAUGUACUAGUUUUAAUUUUGAGUUAUGUGUAUGGCAUUGUGCAGGACCACAAAUAUGGCCGCGCUCAGACCAGGGAACGAUGAAAAGGCCUGGAAUGAUCCACCCGUGUUUGCCUACACACAGACACAGGAUACACCGGCUGCAGCCCCCAAAAGGACCCUCCUGAACAGGAGGGUGCCGUUCCCACAGGACGGUCCUCCUCCAACCCAGUCACCUGCGCCUUCGACCAUAUUAGGCGCAUUGCCACCAGCAGGGCCACUUCUAACGACGAGCUGUACAACAACUGAAACUGAAGUUGAGCAGCAGCCAUCAUUUCCAGAAGAUCUGAAGGGAGAAACCUUGGAAUGUCUCACAGAAGUUAUGGAAAGAUAUCUAGGAAAUGUAGAGAAACGGAAGGUAGAUGAGGUACAAAGACGCGCCGACAUUUUGAAGUCGAUGUGGGAACAGGGAAAGCUUAGUGACGCGGUACAGAGGAAGACAUUCCUACUAGUCUCCGAACUGCAUAAAGGAAACGUCGAACAAGCCAAUAAACUUCACGUUUCUCUAAUGGUGGACUACGUUAGUGAGGUGAGCCAGUGGAUGAUAGGAAUAAAACGUCUCAUUUUAGCAGCUCAAGAUGGGAGUUCCACCACAAAGGACGACAGCUAGGGCUCGCUCGUAAAAUAUAGGUUGGAAUACGAACUUCAGCAAAUGUUUCAGAGUAUUUUCUGAUACCGUAACAAGCAGUGGCGUCACCAGAGCACCCGUUACGGGAGCCCUUUCCGUCCCCCCCCCCCCCAUUAACAGAUUCCUUUCCAUAACAGGCGAUAUACAAUAAAUAACAAUAUCACCCAUCACGCAGAAAAAAAAAAUCACGUGCUCGUAGAGGGCCCCCCAGAGGGUUUGUUUUUGGCAUCAGUGCGCCACAGACUGGUGCGUCACCCCAUUCCAUCGUGUCACCCCGUACGUGUGGUACUAAGGCUUGUGCUCGAUUGUUGACGGCGCCAACCUAGACGUUUCUUUCUCUAGGGUGAGACUGUCUCCAUCCUAUCUGGCAAUCUAGGAACCUUCUUCCCUUACUAAGCACAGCGCUAAUAUAAGGAAACCACAUUUUAUAUUCAUCUGAAGCUUAAAAUGGAUGAUCUCAUAGACUACGACCCACUCAGAAAACUGUUACAUUAUAUUUCUGCAGGUUUCUUUAAGCCUAUUUCGUUAUUCAAAAUGAAACUUUCACCGAUGUGUAUCUGUAACACACGUCAAUAAAUUUUGGCGAAGUUUCGGAAUCGGCU